AUGGAUGAAAUAGAGUACAAAUUAUCUUCAAAUAAUUCAAUUCUUAUUACACAUAUUCCAGAACUAAAAUCACUCUUCACAAAAUGCAAGAGCGAGAACGCCAUAGUAAGCCUAGUAUCCUGCCACGCAGUGGUUGCCCUAGCAGAGUCGGGGCUAAUAGAAGUCUCAGAAACUCUCUCAAAGCUGUCAGCAAUGCUAGGAGAAACAAAGAACUACUCGGCAGUGACUUCAGCAAUUUGCAGCUUGUUAACUUUGAUCUUAAAAUCUCACUCCGGAAAUUACGAAUGUCCGUUUUCAAUCCAGGCUCCUCAGCACCCGCUGAUAACAGUUCUGAACGAGAAAGCCGACUCCUGGCGCAGUGUUCUAGGAGACAUAAAGUCAAUGCUUCACGAUUGCAAGCCAAAAGCCGUUCGAAACCAGGUGGAGCUCCUGAGGCCUGUAUUUGUGUAUAUAAUCGCCAACCCGACCAACUCAUCCCUAGAAAAUUGCCGUCAGCAGGCCUGGAGUCUCCUCAUAAGAACACCAGACGCUCUGGAGCUGCAAUUAGAAAUCAUCCAAUGGUUACGCACCAUCAACUUGAGCUCCUGCAUAACCACCAACAAUUUAAUUCUUGAGUUUACGGAAUUAGCGGUGACAAAAAAAAAUGUUAAAUUAUUUUCCGCUUUAACACCGUUGGUCAUGGCUCUGGCUUUGGAUCUGCUGAAGCACAAUUGCGACCCGAGGUCUAACAUAGUUAUGAUCGAGUCUAUUCUUGAGUGUACUGGAACCGAGGACAUUAAUCAAUUUAAUUUCAUGCACGAGAGCUUAAUUUCCAGUGUCAUACUUUCAAUAUUAUCUGAAAUGCUGGUCAUAACACCGGUUAUUUAUCUCUACGAUUUAAUUAAAAUAGCCGCUUCAAUUGUAAAUAAAUUAGGGUGUAAUGAGAUUGUGGCUUAUUCAUUAUUAGGCUCGAUUUUGCCGUGGAUGGCCUACGCGACGCCUUUAUCUUCAGAAGCUCUUGAAAUUGCCGAUAAUUUAAUAACUACAAUCACUACUAAAACAUUUACACGCAAUAAAUACCCUGAAAAUAUUUACAACGACAAUUUGUACAACUACUUGAGCCACUCGAGUCGUUAUGUUCAAUUUUACACAAACCUGUGUGUACAUAUCGAGUCAUGCGUUAAUUUAAACACUUGUCUGGAUAAAUUGUCAAAUAUUUCCAAAGAAUUUUUGUACAAUUAUAAACUAAUUCUCGGAGGAAUUUUUCUCAGCAGUAAAUCCACAGAGACAAUUUUAAAAGCGAUUAAUUUACUUGUGAGAAUCGCUAAAGAAAAUAAUUCUUAUGCAGGUCAUGUAUUGUCAAUGCUUCUGUACAAAUUGUCAAAGUCUAAAGAAAUUGAAGUGACUAAAAAAUUGUUGUAUAUUUUACCUGAAUUGGCGGUGAGUAAAGAAAAUGUACCGAUAAUUAUUCAAACUUUACAGACGUUCCUGGCUGCUGAUAAACCAUUGAAAUAUGUGGGAGUAAAUUUAUUCCUCAAAGCCUGGAUGGUCGAGCCGCGCUGUCAUAGAUAUUUAAUGACGGGAUUGAUUGAUAUGAGCUCUAACGACAAGAGUAUGCAAGCCAAUAUUACUUGCGCGAAAGCUAUGGUAUUUAUCUGCGAGAACAGACCCGAGCAUGGAGCCGAACUUGUGCCAUUGUUGUCACAAAUAUUAAAUAGAUGCGGAGAUAUAGACGGUAGUGCUGCUAGCGCGUUAGCUUUGAGAGGAAUUUCAGCGCUUUGUGAUGCUGGUAUCGCGGAUAUUUGCUCAACUUGGCGGGUUUUAGCACCUAAAAUGAAUAAAGAAGACCGGUCAAUUGUUAUCAAAAGCUUGUGUGAUUUUUUCGCGACUGUACCGACCAAUUCUCCGUAUCCUGAGGACCAGUUUGAAGAACUGGUCGAUGAAUCUUUGACUAAACUUUGGGAACUGACGUCUUUUGAGACCACCCGGAACUUGGAAAUCAUCGAAGCGGCUUUUAAAGCUCUGUCUGCUUACACGAUCAGCCAGAUAAAAAUUUCCGUGCUUCCAGAAGUAUUUUUGAAAGACUUGCCGGCGAGUAAAGUUAAUUCAGAAGAGCCAAAAAUAGAAAUGGCCUUUACUUACGUACCGAGCACUUGCUGGAUUACGAUGCUAGAAACUAUUCAUGAGCCUGCUUUAUCUCUAGCUGGGAAUUUGAUUAUUAAAUUCAUAACUGAUGAAUUGUACGGCUUUAAAACGGGAAUUUACAUGUGGGCGAUGGGAGAGCCGAUUAAUUUUAAGUAUCUGCCGGAAAAAAGCCCCGUUAGGGCGAUAGGCGAGUACUUAAGACGGUUCAGCACCGAGAAUUUGAACACGGAGAAGAAAAAAAUUAUGAUGGAAUGCUUGAGAAUAUUUUCUUACAAAUAUCCGAAACCUUUGCCGCCAAUCAAGUGGGAGCUAUUUACUAAAGCGAUAAAUGUCUCUCCCGAAAGUUGGACGGCAGGUAUUACGCUGGCUUGCCAUCAAGCGGCGGUCUCUCCCUCGGCUAAAGAAUUUCUCAGCAAGUAUCUGACGAAAAUGACGGAGAAAUGUGAUAAUUCAGAUGUUACAAUAACGUCCAAAGAAUUCAAAGAAUGUUGGCAUUUGUGUACUCACUUAGAUGACAUAUCCCGGGGAGUUACUUCUGGAGUUCUCGCUCCGUUUUUGGACGUUACUUUAAACUGUAUUAUUGACAAAGCGAUGGUCAAUGAUGAGACUGCUGUUGAUAUGUUUGAUCAUCUUAUGGGAUUUUAUUCUAAGACUUUAAAAGACGAUCUUGUUCAUUUUGAUAACAAAACAUUGAUUUUUGGAAUUUUGGAAAAAUUGUUUGAUAAAAUUGACGUCGAUAGCAAAAUUUUUGAAGCUUAUACCAAAGCUUUGUUGGAAAUGACAGCUGAAAAAAUAGAAAGAAUUACUCUUCCUAAUGUAUGGGAGGAAAUUACUAAUGAUAAAUUAAAAAAAGCUAUUAUUAUUCGCGCAGGAUUAGUUUUAAAGCGCGAUAAUGAAAUUCCAUUGAGUUGGAUGAAUGAAAUAAUACGUGUGUCUUCUUCAGAACCUGGAGUUCAAAAAUGCUUACUGAGUAAUAUGAAAAAAAUUCAGAGUAAAUUACUGACUGAAAAAUCAAAUGCUACGUGGUCUUGGGACUUGAUGUGUCGCAUACAAGCGACGAUUGUUAAUUCCCACGACAAUUACUCCCUUGAAACGACAACUUCGCUCUGUGAUAUUUUAUUUGUAACAAUAAUAGUACUUGCGUGUGACGAUUGUUUUAUAGAAAAUUACGAGUCGCUAAUUACAUCGCACGAUAUAAGAAUUCAAUUAUUUCCACAUGCUAUGGCUACUAUUAUUUUGAUGCCAUUUUGGAAGGAUAUUACCCAACAGAUUAUGGAGUGGCUAAACUUUAUGAGAAAUAGUACACUACCUACGUCGUACAAAAUUGUUUUUCACAAUACACUUGUGUCUCUAAAAGAACAACGACACCUCAAUGACUUGUGGCCAAAAUAUUUGUCUGUUAAAAGUCCGAUCCAGUUAUAA